UGACUGCUUGGCCCACGCUGCUUUAACGCGGGCGCAGCAGCCCAGCCCGGCAGUUCGUGCCUGGCCUCCAACCGAGCGUGUGUGCGAGGACUGGAGUGUGGACAGGGCGAGCUUUGGAGCUGGAACGCGCUCUGGGUGCUGCUAGCGCAGCUCUCAGCCGCCGUCUCAGAGCCACUUGUGCUGUACCCCGACCCUGCUGGCAGCAGGCAGCCGGGACAUCGCGGAGAGGCACGUGCAGCAGCGCAGGUAGGCAGCAUGGCAAUGGCCCUCCCCAGGCCGGCCUAUGUCCAUGGGGUCUCUUGUCCUCUUCCAGCAUGACACCUGCUGUCACAGCAUCUCAGCUGGGGAGCACACUGUCAUCUCCCGCUCCCCCAUGCUCACCAGAACUGGUGGAAGCAUGGAGGUGGCAUUAGACACCCGUUGCCCCAUAGGCCUGGAGAACUGGGACAGCGUGGCAUGCUGCCACCGGUUUUGUUUCCACUGCAUCCAGCUGUGCAAUAGCAGCAGGCUCCAGUGUGUCCGCUCUGCAAACAGGGCGUGCAGUCCAUCAUCCAUGCAGUGUGAGAGGACAGCGACUGUGAGGAGCUGGUUCUCAGGCCAGCUGCACUGGCAUCCAUUGCUGCAUAAUGAACCUGUCUAGCUCUGUCAUGGCAUCUUGUGGCACCAACUCAACACAAGUUCCUAUCCAUGUUAAUUAAGGUGCCCGUACAAACUCUUACUUCUUAAUAAUAUGUAGCUAACUCUGAAAGUAAUGCUUCCUAUUUAUUUCCAUGGAAAUUGCAACAGAUAGAAAGAGCUCUUAGAUAGAGCAUAUUCUCAGCUACAAAAUGCCAUUUUUCGCUGUAGUCCAACCCCCGCUAAAGGAGGUCCAGUAGUGUAGGUUUCACUGGAAAGCGUGAUCAAACAACCUGCUGUGAGCACUUGGUUCAAAAAGCAAGGCUGGCGUGGAGACUGCCACCACUUUGUAUUGCAUCCACACCAGAAAAGGCAAAAAAGUGUCUUGCCAUGAUUCAAAAAGCGUAAACAGUUCAUGGAAGACAUAACUGUCAAGUGAGAAAAGUGCGGUGUAAACAAGUGCAUUUUUUAUUUUCCCAGAUAUAUCACCAUUACAAAGAAAAGUCAUAGAAUGAUGGAGGGUGAUGGAGGCCCAGGGUGGGGCCCCAGUACAUGCAGCGAUGGACAGUGAGGUCACCAACCAAGGGGUUGUGAUGUCAGCAAUGGAAAUGACUGUGACCUCACUAGCCCUCGCUGUACAGAUUUGGGCUCUGGCAGAGGCCAGCGUGCACUCGUGCCUGGACUCCUGUUGAGCAUAGCUGCGAGACUCGGAGCAGUGAGCGAGUUGCUUGAGUUGUGCUGUGGGGCUGCUGGCAGCAGUUCUUGGUGCCCACCCCACAGUAUCACCAGCGUUUCCCCCAGCCCUGCCUGCCUCAGGCAGCUGGGGCCACACAGGGUGCACUUGUAGCAGCAGAGUUCGUAACACCUUCUGCCUGCUGCAGUACCUGUGAGGGGAGCAGCUUCCUGACCUCAGCUCUCCCAGCCCACCACACAGCCCGGGGCCAUGGAUGUGGCAUCAGAAUGGAUCUGCCCCAUCUGCGGGCAAAUUCGGGAAGAUGUCGCCUACGUGACCCCCUGCAAACACCAGCUUUGCUACGGCUGUGCCAUCUGGUGGGCAAAUAAGAAGCCGAGUUGUGCCGUAUGUGGGCACCAAAUCACCACCAUCCGAUACUCGGAGAGGUCAGACGAUGAUUAUCUUGAGUGCUCUGUCCCACAGCCCGCAGUGCACUCUGAUGAUAGCCUGCAGGACGAGCAGGGGCCUGCAGAGCCGGUGCUCAUUCCACCUGAGCACAACUUCCCCGCCGAGGUCUGGGCUGCCUUCUUCAAAGACCAUCAGGGAGACCUCGAGCCCCUGCUCCACUGGCUGCGGGAGGAGAUCCAGGAGGCAUCCAGCAGUGACUGGUGGGAGGUGGAAGUGGGACAGUGGACCACUGUCAACUUCCUCUGCGAGCACGGCCUGGACGAGGAGGCCUUGAUGCGGGAGCUGCAGCCGAUCACCAACGGCGAUGUGCUGCCCUUUGUAAGGCAGCUCAUCAGCACCGCUGCAGCCCUGUAUGGCCCAGCGAUCCGCCGCCAGCUCGACCAGCAGGAAGGCCGUGCUGCAGGAGGACGGGAGGACAGCCCCGCAGCCAGCCCCAGCACCAGCACCUCCCAUCAGGAGCCUCCUGCCUCGGGCCCGGGCCACUCCACCAGCCCCGCAGGGCCCAGCACCGAGGAGCUGCCCGGCAGCUCUACUGGGGGACCUGGGCACCCCAGCACCACCACCGCGCCCUCAGCGGAGGAGCCGCAGGAGGAGCCAGGGCAGGCAGCAGCAGUGGGCCCCUCCAUCCGGGGCAGGGACCACUCGUGUGGGGGGCCUCGGCGCCCCCCGAAGAGGAAGGCCCGCAGCAGCCCCCAGGGUUCACCCCUGCCCCCCAAAAGGCGGCUCCGGCGGCGGCGCUAGGCUGGCACCGCACUACUAUCAGAACACGGCUCC